AUGAGGAGGAAAAUGCAUCUCGCAUUCAUCACACAUAAAAGUACAAGAAAGGCGGCUCUAAAGAAAAGGAGGAAAUGCUUGAUGAAGAAGAUGGAUGAAGUCAAUACCCUUUGUGGCGUUGACGGAUGUGCAAUUAUAUACUCUCCGGAUGAGGCGAUUCCCGAGGUUUGGCCCAAUGAGGCAAAGGCUGAGAGUGUGGUGGCUCGAUUUAACAUGAUGCCAUAUGUGAAUCGGCACAAAUGGAUGGAAAAUCAGGAGGUACAUUUUAAAAAAAUAAUUUCUAAUUUAGAGGGUAAACUGAAUAAACAAAGAAAAUCUAAUAUAGAGAAAGAAACUACUUUGUUGUUGUAUCGUCAUCUUAAUGGAGAAGUGAGUAAUGAAAGAAAAUUGAAAGUGGAUGAGUACCACAAUCUUAAUAGGGUGAUUGAUCAAAAGUUAGAAGAAAUUGGUGAGAGGAUGAGAGCGUUCUCUGGGAAAUCAGCUUUGAGUUCGGUUCAAGAUUCAAUUAAUCCUUCAAGGGUUAACGGAGAUGUAGCUGAAUGCUCGACGAGUCGUAUGGGAUUGAAGGAUGGUGAACUUCUGAUUGGGAUUGAAGAGAAGGAUGAUUAA